CUCCUAGUAGAGGAAUCCCCAAUUUCGUACCUAAAAAAAGUAAGAUGUAUUCUCGUCCACCAUGUGUCCACGGUCCACCGGCAACAUUCGCAACAAUUGUUAAGUUGUAACUUCUCACGCCUUCUCGCAAAGCAAUGGCGGCAGCCCAAGGAGUAUGCCUAAACCACAUAGCCCGAGAAUCAGCUGAUGUCAAACGCCUCGCCACUUUUUACCAACAGAUACUAGGAUUUGAGCAGAUAGAGAGCCCUAAAUUCGGCGAAUUCGAGGUAAUCUGGUUGAGACUCCCCCCUUCUUUCUCUCUCCAUCUUAUUCAGCGGAAUCCUUCUUCCCAGCUCCCUGAAAGCCCGUAUAGUGCUGCUUCUCCUGUUCAGGACCCUACCAACCUUCCUAGAGGCCAUCAUAUCUCCUUCUCUGUCUCCAAUUUCGAUGAAUUCGUUCUAUUUCUCAAGGAUAAGGGAAUUGAGACAUUUGAAAAGACGCAACCUGAUGGAAAGACAAAACAGGUGUUUUUCUUCGAUCCAGAUGGUAAUGGCUUAGAAGUUGGGAGCUGGGGAACUCCAUCUCAGUAGAUGACUGUUUUUUUAGUACGUGCAUUUUCGUUGUUAAAUAAGAUCUGUAAACCCUUAUGAAACUCAAGGGGAUAAAUGAUCCUGGGUAGGGCUUAAAUCAACUUCAUGCUGGUUGUAAAUCCUAUUGUGUAUGCAAUACAUAUAUGAAAUAGAUGUGGUACAUUAAUAAAUAUACUAGAUCAAGCUAA